AUGACUGUGAGUACCAACCCACAGAGAAGAAGCUACAAGAGGGGUGGUUCGUGCAUCGUACUUUUCUGUUCUUCCAGGUACGUGAUGACUCCCGCUGCUUAUGACCGCAUGUUGGCGCAGCUGCCAUUCAUGACCUCCUUAGAAUCACUGCCAGCGUCGGCAGGUAAGGGCGAAACGCAGCUCUCACUGGACAGGACACUGAUGAAGAAAAAGAUCGCAGCGACGACGAAAGCGCUGGAGGAGGUCCGCAAAGUCCGGGCCCAGCAGCGCGAGCGUCACGUGGAGCUUGGCUUGCCGAUCGUUUCCCUGGUUGGGUACACCAAUGCGGGGAAGUCCACGCUUUUGAAUGCGCUGGCGCAGCAAGUCGAGGUGAAGGCCAAGGAUCGCCUCUUUGAGACGUUGGAUCCCACGCGCCGCUCUGUGACCUUACCAGGCGGCCGCCAAAUCAUGCUAGCCGAUACCGUCGGCUUCAUCCAGAGGCUACCUGAGCAGCUUGUAGCCGGAUUCCGCGCCACGUUGGAGGAGGUGGUCCAGACAACCCUCAUCCUGCACGUGGUCGACGUGUCCUCCCCAAUGGCCGCUCAGCAGAUCGCCAGCGUUCUGAAGACGCUCAAGCGGCUGCCACGGUUCAAGUCGACUACCCCGCAAAUCAUGGUCUACAACAAGGUGGACCGUCUAGAAGGUGGGAAGGCGGAAGAGCUGGAACAGAGUCUGAGCUACCCAGAUCCUGGCAUUGUCGGUCACGUGCAGGUCUCGGCGCUGAAAGGCCAAGGGUUCACGGCCUUGGCAGAGGCGAUUGAAGAGACCCUCAUCAAACAUACCGACUUCGGUGCGGCAAGCAUGAAGCUUCUCAUCCCGUACACGGAGUCGGCGGUCUACGCCAAGAUGAAGAGCGGCGACAACCAGGUCAAGAUCAACGAGGAGAUGCACAGCUCGGAUGGCUACCUGCUUCAGGUGACGGCGACGCCCACCGCGGAGAGGAUGUUGAAGUCCUACGAGGUCAGUGAGGAGGACUACGAGCUCAUAGCCGCCAUGUGA